UGCUGAAAAAGACAAAAUCGAAUAAAAUAGAUGUACCUGUUAGAUUUGCUCCAAUUUAUUUUCAUUUGGUCAGCAAUUUCAGGCUUGGACAGCAUCUUUCCUCUCUCCUUCCUCUGCCAUUUUUAUCACUCCCUCUCUUCCCUCUUGGAUCUGUCUCCCUCUCAUCGCAUACGAGAGAGAGAGAGAGAGAGAGAGAGAGAGAGAGAGAGAAUGGCAGUGAUGAGCACGACGACUCCAUCAUCUCCAAGAAACUUGCCUGGUUAUUUCUUCAGUGCACCGACAAGCCCACGAAGAGUUGCAGAGUUUUACAGGGACUACGAUGAUACAUCAGCCGACGAUUUCUUAUCUAAGUCUCUAUUUGUUCCCUUUGAUGGGGAAGAGAAGCCGGGAACCCCUAAAUCACCCGACAACGAUAUCAAUUUCCCUCGUGAUGGUGAUGAUGAUGAUGAUGAUGAUUUCGCUUUCGACAUCGGUGACAGAUCCGAAACCGCAUCUCUUUACGCAGAGGAGCUCUUCGACGGAGGCAAAAUCAAGCCCUUGCAGCCUCAACCCGGUUUUCGAUCAGACGACAUUGAUCAAUCCAAGAAAACUUCACCUCUUUCGCCAAUCUCUCAGGGUAAAAACCUCCUCCGCAAAGCCUUUUCACCCAAGAAGAAACCAUUAGAUGACGUUGACCCAUUUGAAGCAGCCAUUGAGAAUCCACGAAAUGGAUCAAGAAGAGAACGAGGGAGACAGUUAGCGCAUGAUUCCAGCCGCAGAUCGGCGAGAUCUCUCUCCCCUUACCGGGUUUCGGCUUAUCCAUGGGAAGAAGAAGAAGAACAUGAACAUGAACAAGAACAAGAGCAGAAGAAGGAAGAAUCGGAACCGUCGUUGAGCAAGAAGGGAUCUUUAUCAUCUACUGCGUCAUCGUCAUCGUCGUCGUCAUCCUCCUCCUCAAGAAAGUGGCGGCUAAGAGACUUUCUUCUGUUUAGAAGCGCAUCAGAGGGAAGGGCAAAGCAGAAAGAUUCGAUCAUGAAGUUUUCGGGUUUCUUCAAGAAACACGAAGACGUCAAGCACUCGAACUCGAGCUCGAGCUCUCAAUCCAACAAUAGAAGAAGGUCAUCUAUCUCGCCCCACGAGUUCCAUUACAUAACGAAGAAAGCAGAAUCAAAAGACAUGAAGAAGAAGACUUUCUUGCCUUACAAGCAAAUAGGACGUUUCGCCUUCUAGUAUGAAUGAUUAUACAUGUUAUAGUUCAUCAAAAAUUCGAACAACUCAAUGAUUAUUUGUUUGUUUAUCUCUUACAUAUAUA